UUGAGGCUGUUGUGCGCGCGCGCAGAGCCGCUGGAGGACUAUCUCCACAACACAGCAGGAAUCACGAAGUUUCAUUCCGGGCCACCGGGUGUAAACCUGCAGCUCCGAGGAGGAGAGCGAUGGCGAGGCGCAGAGGAAAGAGCAGCAGUAAACAAGACGAUAACUGGUUACCUUUAGAGGCACCGUUGGGUCAGUCGUCCCGAGGCUUUAACGAAUAUGUCAUCCCGGGUGUUUUAUUACUUAUCAUCGCUGUCGGCGGGUCAGGAUUCGGCUGGGUCUGUAGUGAUCACCAACAAAUGAUAGAGAGUCUGACGGAAACGCUGGCGUCCAUGCAGGCGAGAAUAAACAAGCUGCAGCAGCAGUUAGGGCCUGAUAACGCACAGCUUGCCAAUGUUGGUGGUCUUGAAGAGCGCCUUGUGGCCCUGGAAGAUGCCUAUGCCAAAGCACAAAGACAGGUUGAGCUCGCCCUCGCCACAUCUGAACAAAUCAAGGAAAAAGACCUGCAAAGUAAAGUGUGGUCUCUGCAAACUGAGAUGAAUGACAAACUGGCAGAACUCCAGCAGAACACUAUUUCCAUUGCUGCUCUGAAUGCCAUCAUUAAGAACAAGAGUAUCGAGUUCGAGGUUGUGAAGCAGAGCGUCAACACUAUGUUGAGUGCUAAUGCAGAACUAGCCAUCCAGAUUGCUGGGUUUUCUAGCACACUUUCAGUGACUAAGUUACGCAUGGAUGAGCAGAUCUCUGUUGUGGAUGGUCUGAUGUCUCAGUUAGAGGGUCAAAAGAAGGAAAUCAAUGAAAUAAAAGACUUAUUUUCCAGUAACCAGGAAUCACUUGCUGUAAAUGCACAGGAGUUGAUGGAUAUCAAAGAGCUGCUAGAAUCUGAGCAAAUUAAACGGAUACAAAAGCUUGAGAAGCAGCUGAAGUCACUGUAUAAGCGUCUGGAAGAUCAUCAGACGAAUACAGAGAGUCUCCAUUUCCACCUCGCAGCCCAGUUGGAGGCUUUACAGAUAAAGUUUUUGCCUGGAGUUCAGCAAUCCAGCAGAGCUGAAGAGGAAUUUCAGGGUGAAGAACAGAUCAUAGAAUCAGACAAUCUAGAGAGAAAAGCAACAGAAAAAGAGUUGGAUAAAGCUGAAGAAGAAGAAUUUGAAGAAGAGGCAGAUAGAGAAGAAGACACAGCAAAAGAAGAUGAUGAAUUUAUUACAGAGCCAGAAGCAGUUGAUGAAGUUGAAGCAAGUGACUGGCCAGUGGAGGAACCUCUGAAAGAGAUCCAAACUCCUUCAGAGGAACUGGACACUGAAAUUGAAGAGGAUGUUGCUGAGGAACAAGUAGAUGCGGAUAUUACAGAAGACAUGGCGACUUUAAAUGAGGCACACAUGGUCACGAAUGAAAAAGAGGAGAUUGUUGUAAAUGAGAUCCAGAAAGCUUUGGAGGAUUCAGAUCAUGUGUCUGUUGAAACAGAGGGGAUUAUGAAUAAGAAAGUGGAGGUACCUGAUGGAGAAGAGAGUAAAAUUCAUUUAGAGGAAGCAAACAUGGACACAAGCAAAACAGAGAGGCAAACUGAGGUGCCAGAUGCAGAAGAGGUCCAGACUCCUUUAAAUGAUUCAAUUACCACCACUACUGAAACCGUGGAAACUGCUGUUGAAAAGCAAGAAGAGUUAACUGAAGCACAGGAAAUGGAGACAGAUUCAGAGGAAACAGAAAUGUUCUCAAAUAUAAUUGAGGAUUUUAGUGAGGAACAUGCUGAGCAUACUGCAGGGGAAAUCCACAGUGGUACAAAUAAGAUAUCAACUGCCGAAAUUAAGAUGCAGGAUAAUGGGAAUGCAGAGCAAGAAUCUGGGACUACUGCAGAGGAGAUUCAGAUUACUUCAGAUGAGACAGACAUGGCCAAAAAUGGGAAUGUAGACAAUCAAAUGACAGAUGCUGUCCCAGCUGAGAUUGAGCAGGAAGCAGAGGAGCAGGAGGAGCUUACAAUAGCGUCUGCCAAAGAAUCAGUCUCAAAAAAAUCAGUAAAAGAAGUGUAAUGGCAAAAGGAGGAACAUGCAAAAGGAAAACUAGUUCUCGUCAUUUUCUCACAUUACAUUUAAUGAUUCUUGUAUGAAAGUUUGUUCUUUCUAUACUCUUUGUAACAGUAAAAAGGUUUUUACAGAGCUCUACAGCAGUGAUUUUCUAUCUGUUUAUUCUAUCCAAGUAUUAUCUAUCCAAUGAACCUUUAAGUUCAUUGAAGAAUCCAGUUUUUUUUCUAAGUGUCCACUGAUAGUUUGAUUAAAAAAAGAUUACUUGAAAGUUGUUGUACAGUUCUUAAGUCAGAUUGUAAGUUGGAAACACUAGAUGAAGCUGUAUUUAGCUGGUUUUAGUUAUUUUUAUUCCUCUCUCUAAAAUAAGCUCAUACCAUUUUUCUAAACAAAAAGAAGUUUCUUUUACUUCAGAGAUGCUAUAUAUGUUCAUUCAAAUGUUCCUUUCUAACACUAGUCUUUUUAAAUAAACUAGAUUUGACAUUUUAUACUACUUCUCCUGUCCCCACCCCUCUGUCCCUACUCUUCUGUCUUUCUGCGGUUGUCAUUUGAUAUGGGACACCACUUGUUUAUUUACAGCAGUGAGGUCAUGGGGUUACUGCCUCAUACAGAGCUUGCCGUUGUGCAUGUGUGUCUGAUGACUUAUCAAAUAUCUUCAAGUAUAGUGGUGGCUUCAUAUACAGGAUUUUUUUUUUUAUCAAUCCCCAGCUGAUGGUCAAAAAGUGCAAAGCUGAUUUUCAUCCACAGGUCAUCAAUCUCAGUACGUUUAUUAAAGCAGUCUUCUUCAGAAAGGAUUAGUGUGGGAGCAGGUUUUCAUUGCAACCAAGCAGAAUCAACUGAUUAAAACAGGUGGCAUCAAGUAUAGCUCCUCCUUGAUUGGGAUGAAAACCAGCACCCACACCAGCCUUUUAUAGAUAACACUGGACACCCCUGUUUUAAUGAGUGUCUCAUGACAUCUUUUGACAUAAGAUAUAAACUAAAAACUAGAAAAUUGGAGACAAAUAGGAGAAAUAUGCUGUUUUGUUUUAGCAACAUGUGCUGUUAUAUACAAGUGAGUGCAUUUCUAUUUUUAUGCCUGUAGAGGUGGCUGUAAGUCCCUCAGAAAGUUAUCAAUGAACUGUUGUUGCUGGUGUAGUGAAAAAUGAAACAUGACUGCAUGUAGGAGUACAGGCAUGGUGCCUCACAGCUUGAGGGUCCUGGGUUUGAUAUUGAGCUCAGGUUACUGUCUGUGUGCUAUGGAAAUUCAGGGUUUGGGUUUACUCCCAACUCCAAAAAUAUGCCAUGCUUAACUUGCUUGUGUGUGAGAGUGAGAGAAAGAGAGAGAGAUUGAUUUCCUGCAGUGGCAUGGGGUGCCAUCAAUUGUGUAUUCCUUCCUCACAUCCAGUGAAACUAAGCGUUUACUAAAAAAAAAAAUAAAUGCAUUUAGGAGAAACCUAUAGUCUAUAGUCCCACAGGUUUCUACAUAAGAGAAGUAAACAUUCCUCCGCUAUAAAUAAAUGUGAUAUAAACAUGGUAUUAUGAAUUAUAAUUUCCCUCUGCAAUUAAGUGACACAUUUCAAAAAGUCAAACCAGAAGCACUAUCUUUUGUGUUUUAAUCAUAGUGGAUUGUAAAACUAAACAUUUUUGUUCCCUUAAAUAAAAAUACAAGAAAAAUGUAAAUAAUAAUAAAAAAUAAUAACCUAUAGCUCUUUUAAUGAAUAUAUUUUUCUGGUAUAAAGCAUAUUUGGCAUGUUUAUGUUGUUUAUUUUUGUAUCUCUUUUUAAGGCCCCUCUUGUCCGUCUUGUUUUGAUCAGUGUGUGUGUGUGUGUGUCUAUUUUUUAGGACAAGAAUUGCUCAAAACACUACACACUUGUUUGUAUGAAUAUUAUCUUACCCUUGUAAUCAUAA